CACACGGAGCCACUUUUGCCCACAAAUCUCCUUUUCUCUUGCAUCUCUAUCACUUUUCUGCACUUUUAACGAGCUUUUACCGCACUUUUCCUGCAGAAACAUGGCAACUGCACGAGCCGUGCACUGAACCGCGCGAGCACAAGUUUAUGAUGGAGGAGGGGAGUGCCGCAGACCCGGGCGUGCAGGCCUGUAGGGGACGCUGUGAGGUGGGAGUGCAGUGGGAGGAGCCUGAGAACCAGUACCAUGAUGUGGGGGUGCAAAGCGACACCCAGUGGUGUGAUGUGGCGGUGCAGGUGGAUCUGAUUGGCCUCAGCUGCCGGGCUCGAGGUUCGAGUGACGUGCCAUGGCGCUGUUUGUCGCUGCACCCAGAACAGACAGAAGAGGGUGCUCUGUGGAACUGUUGCGCUCACGUGCUGCAGUCCUCUCCCGCUCUGAACCAGUCUUGCCUGAGAUUACCCAGCCUGCCAUCCUGUGGAGACUCUCCCUCCUCUCACCAGCAGGGAGAGUCUUGGAGUGCCACGCCAGAACCCGAGGGGGCAGAGAUCCACGCACCAUACGGUUUCAUGGCUCCUCUCAGCUCCGACGAAGAGGAGCCCAACACACUGCGUCGAGAAGAUGAGCAGUCGACCAACCCACCAAUCAAAAAACGCAGAGGAUGCCCCAAAAACUCUGCAUCACUUUCAAACCCGGAAACCACGGCAACCCCGACACGCCGUAGCAAAACUGGAAGAGCCGCAGGACUACCGCUCCGAUACCUGCUGGACUACGACCUGGAGUCACAUGUCCAGCUCACAGCUAAUAAGCAGCAGCCAGAGAGUGGUAAGGGGGCGGGGCCAGGCACAAAACGGGAAGACAAAUCGAAAAGUGACAAAAAAGUCCUCAUCCUCCCGUAUUACAAGCAGCCUCUUAAUCUGGAGGAGUUCACGGAAAUCCAGAACGUGGCCCGACAGUACAAAGCUCUGCAGGAAGAAGACGACUGGCCGAAUAGCACGUCAAUAAUCGUGCACCCCGCUCUAGAACAGUUCAGGCCUUGCCCACUUUCUCAAGGUGAGAUUUUAGAAUUAAACAAGGACAAGAAGCCACGCCUCCUGCCCAUGAAACUCAAAAAGGUCAAAGACGACGUCAAAUUCAGCCCCCCUGCUUCCAAAAUCUCUCCCGAUUGGUUGAUUGAGAAUGCGGCAAUAAAAGAAGAGCCAGAUUUAGAAAGUUCUGAUUUGUUCAAAACUAAAAUUAAAAGGAUAGAAGUGAAAGGGGAGUCUGAUUUGUCAUUUGUCAUUAAACAGGAAGAUGUUGACACCAGAGAGGGGGAAGUGGAUUUUACAAAUUCUAAAAAGCUUAAAGAUGGAAUUUUGAGUGUGAAAAGCCAAAAAAAGGAUACAGAAUUUGGGAAUUCCGAUGCUCCUAAAACUGGCGUCAAUGAGGUUGACGAAGCACCAAUGGAGGUCAAACGAAAACGUGGUAGACCCAAGAAAAAAUGCAAGAAAUAUGUCGAAAUUUCACAGGAGGAAGUUAUAUUUAAAGAGGAUAGUGAACUGAGUGUAGCAGAGCAGUUAGACAGACCACGGCGCGUCGCGGUCGGACCUCCUAUCAGAUACUUACUGGAGUCGGAGAAGCUAAGCCCGGGGAGGCAGGAGAGGCUAAAGCUAGGAGAUGUGCUAAACGGGGACGCAGAUAAAGCAGGGAUGGUUAAGAAAGUCAAAAUAUUAAAUGGCAACGCGGAUCAUGCAGAGGGGAGAUCGUGGAUUAACAGUUUGGAAAGUGUCCCUCAAACCAAAUAUGAAUACGAAGAAGAAGACAUUAAAGACAUUAAAGACAUUUACGUGCUCAGAGAGGAUGAAUACACAACCAGGAGCCAAUCAGAGCUAGCGGUGGGAGACAGGCUGGUGCAGUGGGACAAAACCAAAAAAGACCUGAGGAUAAUCGAAACGGGACACGUGAGGAGUGGGGCUGACAGUGCAGAGGGCCAAUGGGAGCGGUGGACAGAUGGAUCAGAUGGAGAAUGGGCCAAUGAGCGGAGGAGGAGGGUCAGGAGGAAAAAAUGCCGCAGAAAUUUGAAAAUGGAUUUGGACCGAAAAGUUACAAAUGAGUUUUUGGUUUUUAGAGACAACGAUACAAACGCAGUCACGCUAAUCCCGCCCUGCUCCGUCAAACUUCAGAAACUGUUAAAGAGAUGAUUGGUCAAGCUGAACAGGAAGAAGAAUAAAUGAACCAAUCGCAAAGGGUUUGACCACUCUUAGCUCCGCCUACCCACCCCAGACGAAAGGAUGAAACUGUGCUACUAUUUUUAUAAACUAUACUUGAGUCUUUCCCACUGGCAGUAAACUAAUAAAAGACUGUAUUUUCAUAGAUAUAAAAAAAAGUUAUAAUUUUGAUAAAACAUGGUCCCAGCCUUCACACUACAGCGGCUCACCUGAUUGGUCAGUCAUUCAUGUCAGUGCCUAAAGUUUAGCUGCUAUUUUAACUGACAAAAACAAAAAUAUGUUAAUUUCAGCUAGAUAGUAUAAGCUUUUACAUUUUAUGGUGCUUUGUAAGUAACAGAACCAGCAUUGUCAUUAAACCAGGACUGAAACGGGACUAUUCCAGGACUCAACAGUUGGUCUAAGGCAGAACAAAACCAGGUCUAGAGGAACUAAACUAGGUUAAAAGAAAAAAAAAGGACUAAACCAGAAGGUCUAAUUAUGACCAGGGCUACAGUUGAAUUAAACCAGGGUUAAAUCAGAACUAAACCAGGCCUAAAGGAGGACUAAACAGAAGUAAAAUCGGACAAAUCCAAGACUAAACCAGGAUUAUUAAACCAGGACUAAACCUGUUUUGGACCAGGACUAAACCAGUACUAAACCAGACAUUUUUUUUGUUUUAUGUAAAUAUUGUAUUGUUAACAUGUGUGAAAUGUUCCACAGUUUUGAGAUGUUUAUGAUAGAGGCCUUUUUUAUCCCACAGUUUUACUAAACAAAUCUCCAAAGAUAAAAAUAGAUUAUCACUAUAGUUAAUUAUAAUAUAAGACGAACGGUCACUUCCCCACCACACUCUGCUCUGAUUGGUUCAAAACAAUGCAAGGAUUUGUAGUUCUUAACUGGAGACAAUUUAAUGUUUAGUUACUGGCUUCAUAAUGACAUUUAGAUAACUUUAAGCUUUAAAAUUAAUGGGGUUAAUGAAUUGUGUUAAAUUGGCUGGGAACCCUUUGGGACACUUAUCAGAUUUAAAUUUUAAUUUAUCUGUUUAAACUUCACUCACUACUGUCCUCAGGAUGUUUUAUCAGUUACCAGUACGUUAAAUGAUGUUCCACACCUUAAAGGACCCAUGUUACACUAUUUUCUGAUCUCUGUUCUAAUGUUUCCUCAUCACAAACAGACCUGGAGUUGUGUUUUGUUUCAUUCACACAUGUUUCACACACAAACCCUGCAGAUUUAAGGUUCUUUCAAACAGAAAACACUCACGUCUACCUGUGAUGUCAUGUGAUAAUACAGGAAGUGCUCACAAGGUAGAACAGCGUUUUCAGGUUUGGAGAUGUAGACAGACUUAUAAAGUAUUACUCAAACAUGUGUGAAUGAAAAGAGGAAGUAACAACAUGGUUUCAAGCUCACAAGAGUUUUGUGUAAUAUAAGAGCUUUUUGCCAUACUUUUUGUAUUCACACAACUAAGGCUGCAACAGUCAAUCAGAAUGUACAAGACUAUUUAGUUAAAAUAAUUGCUAACUAUUUUAAAAAUCAUUAGUUGUUAUAUAGAGU